CAAGCAACCCUUCGCCUCCAUAUGAACUCAUCAUUACCCACUCCGUACAAUGGUGGAUCCCCCACAAACGCCCCCUUCACGCGACAGGUUGAAGCUGGGGCUGGAUUGACAGCUGCAUGAUCAAGUUUUGCAGGUUUCGAAAGCUUGGAUUUCUUGGCUUCGGAUGAGGGUUGUUGAUAAAAAGAGCGAGGGCUGCCCCCUCCCAGGUUUGGUCAAUCAAUCGAGUUGAGUUGACAAACUUCGUAGCUGGCACCCCAUUCCCGAGAUAAUUGGCAAAAGCAAAGCCUACGACCCCAAUUAAUAAUACAUACCGACAGCAAAUAUGCACUCCACCAGCUUCCCCCGCGCCCUCGCCCUCGCGACCCUCCUCGCCACGGCGGCCGUCGUCCGCGCCGACAUGGAGCUAGACUCGGACGACAUCCCGCGGGCCUGCGCCGACAUCUGCUCGCCGAUCCGCCAGCUGACACGCACCUGCGACGUCGACGACGACCACGUGCCGUCGGACCGCACCGAGGACCUGCUGGAGGCGCAGUGCAUCUGCACAAACGACAGCUUCGAUGUCGCCUCCAUCGCCGCCCUGUGCGCCAGCUGCAUCGAGCAGAACGCCCGACCGGGCGAUAGGGAUGACGACAUGGAUGACAUCGACGCCAUUAUGAGGACCUGCGGCUUCAGCAGCACCUCGUACGCGCCCUCGGCGUCAACGGCCGCGCAGGACGUCACCGUCGUCGCCACCCGGCCGUCGGAAUCCAGCCAGCUGACGACCACCGUGACGGGUGGUGGCAGAGGCGGCGGCGGCGGCGGCGGCGGCGGUGGCGGUUCGUCCAAUUCCCCUUCCCCUACCGCAACCGGGAGCGGCGGAGGGUCGGGCGGCUCGGUGACCACCAUUACGUCCGGCAGCACGACCGUGACUACUAGCAGUGGCGGUACUGCGACCAGCGGGAGUGGUGGUGGGACCACGCCGAGUGGCACCGGGAACGCGGCGCCGGGUGUGGCUCCUCCGUCCGGGGGUUUCGGUGGUCUUGCUGGACUAUAUCUCGCUGGCAUGUUCCUGGUCGGGGCUAUGGCGGUCUUCUGAUUUGCUCGAGAACAUGACUUGGCUUUUGAGAGCUGUGAAGGUGAACAGGUUAGAUGGCUUAUGAUCACUACUAGUCUUUUGCGUCGAAGGGCGAACGCUGCAGUU